GUGAUCCUUUCGAUGGUUGUGCUAUUCACGGGCACCCGGAACCUUCAAGGGCUCCUAGACAUGCAUUUAGUGCGGACCUGCCUUUAGCAAAUCAGAUGGGCACAUUGCUGAGACUUUUGGGCGCACCACACAGGCUGGACGAUGCUGCUCUGCAAGUUUACAAAGAUGGUGACUACGGGGCAUAUUUGGAUUUAGAAAGUUCCUUGGCAGAGCAACACGAAGAAGUAGAAGGUUUACAUGAAGGCAGAAAAAAUUCUUUGGUCGUCAGAACGCAGUUGUCAGUACGGGUUCAUACUAUUAUUGAUAAGUUACAAAGUUGCGAAGGUCGUGAAUUAAGAAGAGCCUUGUUUUCCUUAAAACAGACCUUCCAGGCUGAUAAAGACUUGGUCCAUGGAUUUGUACAAUUGGGAGGACUCGCAUGUUUAUUGCGAGUUGGAGCAGGGGCGGAUCAGAAUUACCAAAAUUAUAUAUUGCGGGCUCUGGGACAGGUGAUGUUAUAUGUAGAUGGCAUGAACGGUGUUAUGGCCCAUAAUCCAACAAUCCAAUGGCUUUAUACUCUAAUAGCAAGUCAAUAUCGUCUUGUAGUUAAAACUGCAUUAAAAUUGCUUUUAGUAUUUGUUGAAUACAGCGAAUGCAACUGUAGAUUGCUGGUGCAAGCCGUCAGGAUGGUCGACGGGAAGAACCAUUCGUUGCCAUGGAGUCACAUUAUGAAUUUACUACGUGACUUCGACAAUGCUGAUACAGAACUAUUGAUAUAUGCAACGAGUCUUUUGAAUAAAACUCUCAGUGGAUUGUCUGAUCAAGAUAGCUAUUAUGACGAAACCGAUUUCCUAGAACGACAAGGCAUGGAGGGCAUUGUCCAAAGGUAUAUGUCCAGACCAGGCACAGACUUGGAUUUACUGAGACAGCUCCAAGUUUACGAAGCUGUAUUACGAUUUGAAGACGGAGAUGACGAAGGUUUGAGGCAACUCGAUGAUACGAUACGCAAAACGCUUCGAGACCGACCAAAUAAUCCCAACGAACAUUGCGAACGACGAAAAAGUAGAAGGCACAGCACAGGUGCAUCACCUUAUAGUCCAUCUAGUUCUUGCAAUGGUUUAAAUGGUUCUAUUCAUCGAAAAAAUGGCUCGACAACUUUACAUUCCACGGCUGAAGACGAAGAAAGUUCGGAAUCAAACCAAGGGUAUACUAAUGGAUACAGGGAUGCUAAAACAAAUGGUGCUGGUGUUACUCCUGGUUUGAGGAGGCGACGUGAAAGAGCAGAAAGACAAAGAAGUUUCAUCAGAGAACAGGAACUUAGAAGCACGCCACCCAAAAGUUUCAGUAACGAUGAUGAAGAAUCCCAUAGAAUGAACGGAGGAUCCUACAGUCAUGAUAGUGAUGGAAUGAGUAAUGACAGCAGCACUGAUGAAAGAAAGUUACUCUUACAUCUAAAACGUGAAAAUACAGUGAAAGACCUUACCCAGAAACUGGCCAACCAAAAUAUCCUCUCACCAGUGGAAGAUCAAAAUAAACCUAGCAUUUUAGAAAAUAUGACUGGAUUAAUAACCAAAGCCAAAGAAGGUUUGGCUAAAUCAAAAUCCAAAGGCGAGUUGGCUAAAAGUCCCUCGCAGGAACAACAAAUUAUCAAACAGGACAUUAAAAAGACUGAGAAUGAACUGCAUUGGGAGCAGUUGGUGCAGAAUUUGGAUAGGCCUUUGAAUCUCUGUGAUUUAGAUUUUACUGACUUGAAAAGUGAUGAAGAAGACAACGGCUCCGGACCUCAAAAUUUAAAUAACGGUCCACCUCCACCUCCACCUAUACAAGGAGGUAUCCAAAAUAUAAAAGGAGGACCACCUCCUCCUCCUGGAAGUGUCCCUAAUCCACCAUUGUUUGGUGUCACACUUCAGAGGCAUGUCAAAGCUGAAUCGGAAUCUCCUCCAAAGACUAUACCAACAAUCAAGAAAAAUAAGAAGACUGUAAAAUUGUUCUGGAAAGAAGUUGGAAAUACGACAAUGUCUGCAGUACCAACGACAAUUUGGGAUGAAAUGGGUUCGGUGAAAGUGGAUACUCAUAAACUUGAACAUUUGUUCGAAAGUAGAGCCAAGGAUUUGAUAUCCAAGAAACAACAAGAAAUGAACAAAAAUAAAGAAAUCAUAGUCCUGGAUCACAAGAGAUCAAAUGCUAUAAAUAUUGCAAUGACGAAACUUCCACCACCAAGAGCAAUCAAGGCCGCAAUAUUAAAAAUGGAUUCUACAGUCGUAACCAGGGAAGGAAUUGAAAAAUUGUUAAAUAUGAUUCCCAGUGAAGAAGAACGAGGAAAAAUCCAAGAGGCACAGAUGGCCAAUCCUGAGUUGCCUCUUGGUAGUGCUGAGCAGUUUCUUCUUACCCUUUCUUCCAUAUCAGAAUUGGCUGCACGAUUGAAACUUUGGGCUUUUAAGUUAGAUUUCGAAAAUAGUGAGAGAGAAAUCGCUGAGCCAUUGAUGGACCUUAAGCAGGGUAUGGAAUUACUAAGGGCCAAUAAGACUUUUCGGGCAGUACUUUCGACUUUGUUGUCCAUUGGAAUAUUUUUGAAUGGUGCUCCAGUUAAAGGCUUCCAAGUAGAGUAUUUAUCAAAAGUUCCAGAAGUCAAAGAUACAGUUCACAAGCACAGCCUUCUACAUCAUUUGUGCCACAUGGUUAUGGAACAUUUCCCACAAGCCACCGAUUUAUAUUCAGAAAUAGGUCCUAUAACCAGAGCAUCCAAAGUGGACUUCCAAGAACUAUCACAGAGUAUAAUCCAUUUAGAAGCUGAAUGCAAAGCUUCUUGGGAUCGUCUACGUGCUCUUGCAAAGCAUGAAGAGCAGCAAAAUGCUGCUCAGCAGCAGAAAGGUAAAAUCCAAGAUUUUCUUCAAGAUGCUGCACAAAGAAUUAUACUACUAGGAAUUGUUAAUAGAAGAGUGAUGAAUAGGUAUCGUAAAUUUUUACUUUGGCUUGGAGUUCCACCUCAUCGAGCCAACGAAUCCAAACCUCAUGAGUUCUGCAGAAUUUUGUCAGAAUUUGCCUUAGAAUAUAGAACAACUAGGGAACGGGUAUUGCAACAAAUAGAAAAGAAAGCAAAUCAUAGGGAACGCAACAAAACAAGAGGAAAAAUGAUCACUCAAGUACCUGGUAAAUUCCAUUCCAAGGAAGAUCGUGCUGAUGCAGAACUUAGACAAUUAUUAGGAACAGAAUCUGAUAUAGACUGCAACGGUACUGUAACUACUGGUGGUACUUUGACGUGGAGACGUAGAAGGCAGGAUGCCGUUAAAAUUCAGAGAGAUGAAAGUUUCACCGAUGGUGACGAUGAAAUCCUCGAGUCCUUGGUCAAGACAGCAACUCAAGGACCAGCAAGAGGUCACCAACAUAGUUCAGGAGGUCCAAGAGAGAGAAAAAGGACUAGGCAUGCCGAUAGAAAAUCAUUGAAAAGAUCCCGUACCAGAGAAGGAUUUCCAAUUGGAACAGAAAUUGAACCAUAAAUUUAAUGAUUUUCGACAAGACUAUCACUUAAGCUUCAGUGCGCAGAACUCUGAAAAAUGGACUGUCGGAGGAAGAAAAGAAACACCUGGCUG